GCCGGGGAGAUGCGGACGCAGCCGCCGCCCGCCUGGCAUGGCUGAGCCGCGCACGCCCUACGCCUCCCUCCGGUCGCUGCUCGCGCUGCUCAACGGCCUGGUGGCUGCGUCCGGCGUGAUCCUCAUUGGCCUGGGCAUUGGUAUCAAGUACGGAGAGGCCGCCCUGACGAAGGUCCUGGGGCCAGCGUCCACGCACCACCUGCACAUCGGCCACCUGUACCUGGGCUUGGGUUGCGUGGCGGUGCUGCUGGCCCUGCUUGGGUGGUGUGGUGCAAAGAGAGCGAGCCGAGGAAGCCUCUUGCUUUACCUCAUGGCCAUGGUUGUCAUUCUCGUGGUGCAGAUAACGGUGGCCUCGGUGGUCCUGGCUUUCUUCCCACUGCUAAAGUGCUGUGGAGUGAACAACUACACGGAUUUUCCUGGCUCUUCCUUCUCGAUGGCAUCCGGUUACAGCUACCCCAGGAGCUGCUGUAAGUCUCUGGGCACUGUGGCCUGUGACGGACACAACGUGACCUCCAGCGUCAUUCACCAGGAGGGCUGCUUCCGCAAGCUCCUGAAAAUCACCAAGGCGCAGAGCUAUGUCCUGAGCUGGGUCUCCCUGGGGACAGCGACGAUGCAGUUGCCAGGCGUUCUUGCCACCUUGCUGCUGUUCAUCAAGCUGGGCUAACAUGCAGGCUUUGGAAGGACGACGCACUGGAGCCCACCUGGCUGCUGGAGAUUGGCUCUCAUUUUUAUUUCUCUUGUGGCACUUACAGUUUC